AUGAGCAGAAAUGGAAAAGGAAGAAGCAUGCGUAUGUCGUUGGCUCAGCAAGAUCGUUACAAACAGGAACAAAUCAAUCAGUUGGACACCAAUGACAGGCCAGUUUCUUCCAACGACAGUCAUGAGCAUACCGAUCAGCAUUAUAAAAUACCUUUUCCUGUUGCCAUGUGGGACUUUGAUCACUGCGAUCCUAAGCGCUGUUCUGGAAAAAAACUAGCAAGAGUUGGAGUCAUGACCAAUUUGCGAGUUGGUCAACGGUUUAGUGGUAUUGUCAUGAGCCCAAGAGGUGUAUGCGCUGUUUCGCCAUCCGAUCGUGAUAUUAUUAUUCGAUCUGGCAUUGCAGUUGUAGAUUGUUCAUGGGCACGUAUCGAAGAAGUCCCAUUUAAAAAGAUUGCAUCCCGACAUGAACGACUAUGCAAUCGUCGCUCACAUGCUAUCCAUGUAUAUAGAGAGUUGUUUGAUAUCUAUUCCAAAUGCACUGAUGCAGCAGAUAUUGUUCAAAAGCAAACAAAGUACAUUGAGGACAUGGAGCAAUCGUAUAUUUCACGCAGAACUCGAGACGAGAGUCUCUUGAUGCCAAAUCCCAAUCGCGACAACCAGGAUUGCAGCGCGAUGCUUUCUAGAUCUUUAGAUAGCAGUGAUUCUACAAGUGAAAGUAAAUUAGGCAAUUCAUCCCAUGGAGACAGGACAGUGCAGGAGCGUAGAUACGAUAUGCCUUUGAGCGAGUCUGAAGAAUCAAGCUAUUAUGACAGCGAAGAUGAAAAGGCUACAGUUGAACUUCGAGAUAAACUUGGAAAUAUAAUCAUUGUAUAA